AUGUAUGCUAUAGCUGGCUACAAGUACUACUUGACGAGCGAAGAGAUUUAUACUAAUCCGUGUGCUAUGCUUACGAAGAGGAAGGUUGUUAUGACUUGCAUUCCUAAACCAUAUUCAUUUGCGUACAACGACAUGAAAAAGUGGGUAAACUUGGAUAUAGCUGUGGCUAAAGUGGAGAGGCCUUACAAUUUCCAUGACGUGAACUUGUACUUGAGCCACCAAUGCUCCUAUGCUCCCGGAAUGAUUGAGGUUAACUAUGAUGAGAAGUAUCAGAGGCCUGGAACAGAUGCCUUUGUGCUGGGAUGGGGACAUAAACGGUAUUAUCGUCAGCAAAAGGACUCUACAGACUACAACUCCAAGGUCCUCCAUAGCUCUUCAGUGGCCAUCCGUGACGUGUCAGUUUGCACUUCGAGUUGGCCUGAAGAGGUCCACCAUGUCAUCAGGAAGUAUAUGAUCUGCAGUAAUGGGUCUGGAAGUCUGGACAGUUCUGGAAAUAGGAUAGAUGAGCAAAGGGACGGAUCUGUGAAGAGGGAUGGAUGUUCUCCGGACAAAUGCGGUGUAAAUUAUUCAAACGACCACGGAGGCCCUCUAGUGGGCUGGGCUGGCACUCACGAGGUCCUACUUGGAGUCCAAUCUGCCUUCCUACUGAACAAGGAGAUGGAGUGUGUCGGACCGUACCUCUACACUAGCGCCGUGUGCAAUAGUGCCUUCUUGGACUGCGUGUUGACUAAUGGAAAGAGAUUGAAUAUGAACUGUCGGUCAAAGAAUCCGGAGGAACUAGGUUUUAGAAUGGUGAACAGACGCAUAUCUUGGGAGGAACAUCCAGACGGGCCUGCAGCCAAUGAGCUCCUGAAAAUGAGACCUGAAUUUGAGCGAACUGAAGAAGUUAUCAAACUACGAUCUCAAGUGCCGAUAUACUAG